CCAACGACCCUUCAAAAUUAAUGUUUUUCACAGAUCUGGGUUUAAUAGCCCUGAAAAGCAGCACUUUCUAGAGUAGGAACAUUGCAGGAAUCCUGGACUUUAUCAUUCGAGGCACUAACUAUCCCAAAGCACCUGCGUAAUUUAGUCUUUAUUUCUUUCGCUUCAGAGGCCAGGUUCCUAUCCGUACUGGUAGCUCCUCAUCCAGACCUUACGUUUUAAAGAGAAGCCUAAAAACGAAGCUUGAAUGAUGGAAGCCAUUUGGUUGUACCAGUUUCGACUUAUCGUUAUUGGAGACUCCACGGUGGGGAAGUCGUGUCUGAUCCGCCGGUUCACAGAAGGACGCUUUGCCCAGGUGUCUGAUCCCACAGUGGGAGUGGAUUUUUUCUCCAGACUGGUGGAAAUCGAGCCAGGCAAGCGUAUCAAGCUGCAGAUCUGGGAUACCGCGGGACAAGAGAGAUUCAGGUCCAUUACACGUGCUUACUACAGAAAUUCUGUCGGGGGUCUCCUGCUGUUUGAUAUUACCAACCGUCGUUCCUUCCAGAAUGUCCACGAGUGGUUGGAGGAAGCCAAAGCCCACGUGCAGCCUUAUCAAAUAGUUUUUGUGCUGGUGGGCCACAAGUGCGACCUCGACACCCAACGUCAGGUGACAAGACAUGAAGCUGAGAAACUGGCCACUGCCUAUGGCAUGCGGUACAUCGAAACGUCGGCUCGUGAUGCCAUCAACGUAGAGAAAGCGUUCACCGAUCUGACUCGCGACAUUUACGAGCUAGUCAGGAAGGGAGAGAUUAAUAUUCAAGAAGGCUGGGAAGGAGUAAAAAGUGGCUUUGUGCCAAAUGUAGUGCAUUCUUCUGAAGAGGUAAUAAAAUCAGACAGGCGGUGCCUAUGUUAAUUGGUUACUUAUUAAUAUUCAAACCACAUUUUUGAACUCUACUAAUAUAACACUCGUAUCAAAUCCAUGUGGUGAAACUUAGCGUAAAAUAGCUGUGGCUUCCACAGCAGAACAUGGGAGGUCGGACACCGUUAAAUAAGUUUGUAAACUCAGUGAGAGAAAGAGCUUUUCAGAAUGUUUGAAAGGUCUUGCGUCUGCAGCAAGGGCCAAGUGUGCAUGUCUGUUUUUUUUUUGAGUUGGGAGUCAACAAUAAAAAAAAAAAAAAAAGAUCCUAAUUAAUUUGAUAAGUUCUGUGUAGUUUAAUGUUGGUAUUUAUAUGCCGUGAGUUAAUGCAACAGUUUAAUAACUGUGAUAUAUAGUUGUAGAAGAAAGAAGCCUUUUGUUUAUUGUACAUCACAAGAUAUUAAAAAAAUACCUUCUGCUUCUUCUUGCUGUGACCAUAAUGCAAUGGCCUUCUCUUGUAUGCUCACUGUUGGUGGUGACUUUUCCAUACGUCCUCCGUUUAACGAUUAAAAUGUUAACAAUAAAAUAGUUAAGUGGCAUAUAGGUCACCUAACAUUUAAUUGAAUAUGUAUAUAUAGUGGGAUAAUGAAUAAAGUGUCAACCUAAUACCCUAAAGGGGUAGCUAGAAGUCAAGCCUUUAUGCCGUGGUGGCUGGUCCGUUGGUAGAGUUGAUUGAAUUUUGACGUAACCUUUUCUCAUCUUAUUUCGGUUACAGUGUUGAAGUUAGACCAUAUGAAGUGCACGAUUGCACUUUGCACUACUGCAAAUAAA